AUGGCUCAAGUCGCCGCACAACACCAACCCCACAGCUCACGCGCUUCGCCCGCCUCUGUCCACGAACACCGCGACGAUGCUCCAUUGCCUGCCGCCCCACCUCCGCCGCCCAACAACGGUCCUGUCGGAAAGAAGUCCAAAGCAAAGAAAGGUGCCGCCGAUACGAAUGACGCACACAAACAGCUCCAGGCAAAGAUUGCCCAGCUAGAACAAGAUGCCACCGGAAGGGCUGAAGAAGAUGCGGAAAUUGACCGGGAAGUAAAGAAGGCCAACCGCGAUCUCCAAAAUCUCCUUCAGUCCAUGGAUGGUCCGAUAAGCAAGAUGGAAACCGUGCAACGAAAGUAUUCGGAACUUCUAGCAGAGAUGAAACGGACCGAACGAGAGCAUAUCAAAGCGAAGAAGCGAGGCGAUCAAUUGCAGAAAGACAAAGACACGCAAAGGUCGGAGCUUACGAAAGCCAAUUCGAUGAAGGAGAAGCUGGAGAAGCUCAGUCGUGAACUGACCAAGGAAAACAAGAAACUCAAGGAGGAUCUCCGCGAGAUGAAGGAAAGCGCGGCAGACAAGAACGAAGAGCUGCACCGCCGUCUCGAACGGAUGGUAGGCGAUGUUGAGCAAGUCAUAACCGACCGCAAGCUUCCAGAUCGACCAACCGGCGAGCUCGAAGAAGACAAGCUCUUCCGAGAAAAGUUCAAAUCCUUCGUCGAACAAUACGAAAUGCGCGAAAUCCAGUUCCACUCGCUUCUCCGAUCAAAGGAUCUCGAAAUCCAGUACCAUCUCGCCCGACAAGAGCAGCUACGCAAACAACAGGAUGCAGAAUUGAGCAAGUCGCAUCAGUUGACCCGUCAGGUAUCUACCUUUUCCCAAACAGAGAAUGAACUGCGCAGUCAGCUGAAUAUUUAUGUGGAGAAGUUUAAGCAGGUCGAAGACACCCUCAACAACAGCAACGACCUGUUCCUGACGUUCCGUAAAGAGAUGGAAGAAAUGAGCAAGAAGUCCAAGCGACUGGAAAAGGAGAACAUGCAGUUGACGCGCAAGCAAGAGGCCACCAACAAGAACAUCUUCCAGAUGGCCGAGGAACGCUCGCAAUCACAGUCAACCAUCGAUCGUCUACAUAAGGAGAACGAGAAGCUUAAGAAGCUGUGUCGCGCCAUGCAGACUAAUGGUUACGGACGCGCCGACAUGGUCAACGCCGCCCCUGGAGCACCGAAUCCAGCACACCACCCCGACGAGGAAGACGAAGAAGACGACCUUGCCGAGACAGAUUCCGAAUACGAUGAGUAUGACGAGGAUGAGGAGGGCAGCGUCGAGGCUGAAUACGACGACGACACCGAGGACGAAGCCGUGGAUCAACGACCUCGCACAUACGGCCCGGUGCCGCCACCCCCUCCACCACCGCCAACAGGCGACCUAGCCAAUGGUGGGAAUGGCAAGGCCCGACAGCACCAACAGCCAGUGAAUGGUGUGAAGCAUUAA